GAACGCUGUCCCUCUCCGGGCUUCGGCCUCAGCUCCAAGGCCAAUUCGAGCCCGCCGGCCUACAGCUCGUGCUCGGCCCAUGAUGUCGGACCACGGAGACACGCCCUCGCCCCGAUCCCGAUCUGAGUCGGCCCCGGCGAGCUCUCAGUCCCCUCCGCCAGAACAACCUCCACCAGCCGCCGCGACGCAACCGUCGCCGAAGAAGCGAACGUCAGUAAACCCAGAGGGAAAGGUCACGAAGCGGCGGGCGGCGCGAGCCUGCGUGUCAUGUCGAGCCCGCAAGGUGCGCUGUGAUGUGGUGGAGGGCGCUCCCUGCGGCAACUGCCGGUGGGACGACGUGGAAUGCAUCGUCCAGGAGAGCCGCAGGCGAAAAAAGAACCUCCCAUACAACUGCGGACCGGCCGGGGUGGGGGCGCGGGCUGGAACUGCCGAGGCACUGCGCGCAAAGAGCCUUGGUGCGGCCCCUCCAUUUAUCGCGGCCAAUCUUGCGAAGCAGCCAUUCAAUCCGGACGGAACCUUCACCCUUCCCCUGAACAGGGUCAAUGUCAAUGGCCAGCAGGGCGCCACACAGCUGCUGUUUCAACAAUCCGCGGCCGGAUUUGGCCCCGGCGUCCCGGAUCCGGCUUCGGCGGCGCUGGCUGGAUUCCCGCCGUCGACCCCCGUGAUGCCGGGGACCUCCCCCACAUUGGUGCACCCCCUAUUCAGAACUACCUUCGAGCUGAGCAAUGAAUGGCCCGCGUUCAUCAAGCCCAUCCCGGACAAGAUCUUGGCCGAGGACAGGCAGUACCUCGCCCAGAAGCAGGUCUUCGCGCUGCCGUCGCUGCGUCUGCAAAAUGCGCUCCUGGCGGCCUACGUCGAGUAUGUUCAUCCGUACAUGCCGCUCAUGGAGCUGCACGACUUCCUCAGGAUAGUCAACGACCGCACCGGCGCCGCCGGCAAGGUUAGCCUGUUCUUGUACCAUGCUGUCAUGUUUGCCGCCACGGCGUUCGUAGAGGAGAGCCUUCUGAAGGAUGCCGGCUACGACAGCCGCAGGGAUGCCCGGAGGGCCUUCUUCUCCAAGACCAGGCUCUUGUACGACUUCGACUACGAGACAGAUCGCUUGAUCCUGGUGCAGGGUCUGCUCCUCAUGACCUACUGGUACGAGACCCCGGACGAUCAGAAAGACACGUGGCACUGGAUGGGGGUUGCCAUCUCGCUGGCACACACAAUCGGCCUACACCGCGACCCGUCAAAGACGCCCAUGAUCCCGCGGAAGCAAAAGUUGUGGAAACGGGUGUGGUGGUCCUGCCUCAUGCGGGACCGCCUCGUCGCCCUCGGGAUGCGGCGGCCGACCCGGAUAAAGAGCGAAGACUUCGAUGUGCCCCCGCUGAACGAGGCCGACUUCGAGAUCGAGGCGCUGUCCGAGGAGAACCAGCUGCUCGGACCCGAGUGCGCCCUGAUGCGGGAUGUCGAGAUGCAGCGGGAACUUGCCAUUAUGUGCAUCGAGAAGGCCAAGCUGUGCAUGUUCAUCGGCGAUAUGCUCAAGGUGCAAUACUCGGUCCUCAGCCGCAGCGGCGUGCGACCAGAACAAACAGUGAACAGCACCCACAUGCUACUUCCGAACAAGAACCCGGAAAACAUGCAGGAGGUCGAGCGCGUCGACAAGGAUUUGCGGGACUGGUUCGCCAGCCUGCCCGAGUGCUGCCAGUAUCGACCGCUGGACUCGAUCACCGUCACGGACGCGAACAAGGUGCUGGGGGUCCAGCGCAAUCUCCUGCACAUGAUCUACCAUACCACCGUCUCGGCCCUGCACCGACCUCUCUUCCUGCCGGCGUCCCCGACGGAGGGUCCCAGCACGCCGGUCGAGGUCCAGGAGAUGGCCCGGAAGCGGGUGCGCGAAGCCGCCGAGCAAAUCACAGCCAUGGCCGCCGAGAUGCGCCAGCGCGGCCUGGAGCGCUACCUGCCCACCACAGGCGUGACCGUGAUCCUGCCGGCCAUGAUCGUGCACAUGCUCGACACCAAGAGCCUGGACCCCGCGACCCGCGCCAAGGCAAUGCUGGGCCUCAAGGAAUGCCUCAUCGUCAUGAACAACCUGCGCAACAUCUACGCGGCCGCUGACUUUGCCACCGGCUUCCUCGACGCGCUCCUCCGCAGGGGCAUGCUCGGCGGGCCGCCCCAACAACCACCCCAGCCCCAGCCGCAACCUCAACCCGCAGCGGCGCGCUCCGCCAAGAUGCUCAACCGCGUGCUCGCGCCGGCCCUCAACCUCGCACCGCAGGGCAUGGGCGGCAUCGGCGGCAUGGGCAUGAACAACACGGGCAUGAGCAUGGGCAUGGGCAUGGGCACGGGGCUAGGCAUAAACGUACUUCCGCCCACCCUGCCCGUCCGCCCGUCCACCCCGCCGCCAGACACCGGCGCCGCCGCCUUCCUCAACCCGACAUCAACACCAACAACAACAGCCACCCUCGGGGCCCUCUUCUCCUCCUCCGCCUCCUCCAACCCCUUCAACGUCCCCGCGGACGCGAACGGCGGCAGCGACGACCUGCCCAUCCUCCCCGAUGCCGCGGCGGCGGCGGCCACCCCGCCGCACACCGACAGCGAGGACGUGCCCAGCCCGCCGCCGGGCGACAUGGACGUCGAUGCGGAUGCCGGGGUCGACGCGGCCAUGGCGGAUCAGAUCACGCUGGAGUAUACCACCGCCGCCGCCGCCGCCGCCGCCGCUGCUGCUUCUGCUUCUGCUGGUGGCGGUGGUGGUGGUGGUAAUGCGGCGGGGAUUGGCGGUGCCAACUUCGACUUUGAUCAGUGGCUGCAGUUCCCUGCCGAGGGCGGGCUGGGCACGGAGGGCGACGGCUUCAUGGGCGGCAUGUUUGGCGGUGCUGCUGGGGGUGGUGGCGCUGGGGAGGUUGAUGGGACGGACCAUGGCGGGAUUGAUUGGAUGGGGAACUUACCUGAGGGGAUUAGCCAUUAACGUCGGGAUGUGAGGGGGGCAUUUUCGUCUUGUUCUUUUUGUUUCUGCCGGUGGCGCUUGGACUGGACUUCGGUCACUGGCGGGAUCUUUGGCUGGUUUGGCGCAGAAUGGGUUACAUGGUGUCUUGUCAGGCGGCAGGAUGGAAUGGAUA